AACUCUCGGCUGGAGACAAUCAGCUGAGAAACCCGAGCAUUUGAGGCGCUCGCUCCGCACCUUGGGCUCGCGCCGAUUGGGCCAGGCGGGCACGCCCCCAGCGCGGCGAGCUCGGACGCCCACGGGCCGCGGGACCCGUCGCUCCGGGGAUCCAAGCUCUGAUUGGACGCCCGCGCUCUCCGCCUUCUCCCCCUCCGCGCACUCCCCACCCACGCUGCCGAUUGGCCCAGCAACUGCACGGCCCGUUCGCACCGGCGGGAGGACUCGGUGGUCGCUCGCCACCUGGGGCGGGUCUCGCUCCGCCCUCCGUGCUUCCCAUUGGUUGGAGAGGUCUCACGUCGGGAGCACGAGGAGGGGGAGGAGCCUCCGGGAUUGUGUGUUUUAUGUGUGUGUGUGUGAGUGUGUGUGUGUGUGUGUGUGUGUGUGUGUGUGUUUGCCUGCCCCGCAGGCCCAUUGCACUGAGCGGUGGCGGCUGUGGGCGCUGCACUCUCGCAAGUGGGCGUAGCGAGCGCGUAUGCGGGACGAGCGGGGCGAGGACCCGCCUUCUGCUUCUCCUUCGCCGGGCGCGAGCCGGCGGCCGCGCGCAGGCAGAUAAUAUAGAUUACCAAUGGAAGAGCUUCCUGAAAGAAGAUAUUGUUUAAGAGAAAUUUAAAAGUAGCAAAACAGAAGAGAAUUGAAAGCAGAUACAGAGGACAGCAUGGAAAUUUUACUUCAUUUAUUUAUUUAACAAAUUAAUUCAGCAAAACUUUAUUGAACACCUACUCUUGUCAGGUAUUGUCUGAGGCAACAGAACACAGCAGUGAACAAAGCAGACAGAAUCUCCUGCUUAUAUAUAACUACAGCUGAUGAUGUCUUUUAGUUUCGAUGGAUUUAGAGUUGGCAUCUCUUUUGUCAUGAUGUGCAUUGUUUAUAAGUCAGCAGUCAACUCUCUACCAGAACUGAGUCCUCAGAAAUAUUUUAGUACCUUGCAAGCAGGAAAAGCCUCUUUAGCUUAUUUUUGUCAAGCUGAUUCUCCAAGUACCUCUGUAUUUCUUGAAGAACUGAAUAAGGCUGUUAAACCUCUCCAGGACUAUGGAAUCUCAGUUGCAAAGGUUAAUUGUGUCAAAGAAGAAACAUCAAGAUACUGUGGAAAAGAAAAGGAUUUAAUGAAAGCUUAUUUAUUCAGAGGCAACAUAUUACUGAGAGAAUUCCCUACUGAUACAUUGUUCGACGAGAAUGCCAUCAUUGCUCAUGUUCUCUUCGCACUUCUUUUUAACGAAGUAAAAUAUAUUACUACCCUGGGAGACCUUCAGAAUAUAGAAAAUGCUCUGAAAGGAAAAGCAGACAUUGCAUUUUCAUAUGUAAGAGCCAUUGGAACACCAGAGCACAGGGCAGUCAUGGAAGCUGCUUUUGUGUAUGGGAACACAUACCAAUUUGUCUUAACUACAGAAAUUGCUCUUUUGGAAAGUAUUGGAAUGGAGGAUAUAAAAUAUGCACAUCUGUACUUUUUUCAUUGUAAAGCAGUCUUGGACUUGACCCAACAAUGUAGAAGAACACUAAUGGGACAGCCAUUGACUACACUGGACAUUUAUCGAUUUAUUAAGUCAAUGGAAGCACCUCUGCUGACUGAAGUUGCUGAAGAUCCUCAGCAAGUUUCAACUGUUCAUCUCCAACUAGGAUUACCUCUGGUGUUUAUUGUUAGUCAACAAGCUACAUAUGAAGCUGAUAGAAGAACUGCAGAAUGGAUUGCUUGGCGUCUUCUGGGAAAAGCAGGAGUUCUGCUCUUGUUAAGGGACUCUUUGGAAGUGGACAUUCCUCAGCAAGCUAAUGUGGUCUUCAAAAGAGAAGAGGGGAUGCCAGUGGAAUUUUUGGUGUUACAUGAUGUUGAUUUAGUAAUAUCCUAUGUAGAAAAUAACACAUACAUUGAGGAAAGACAAGAAGAUGAAGCUGAUGACAUGGAAGGUCCAGAUAUGGGAAUGCAAGAUGAUGAAGUGGCAGAAAGUGUUUACAGAGAUAGGAAGAGACAGCUGCCUUUGGAACUCAUAGUGGAACUAACAGGAGAGACAUUUAACACGACAGUAAUGGCUUCCGACAGCAUAGUGCUUUUCUACGCUGGCUGGCAAGCAGUAUCCAUGGCAUUUUUGCACUCCUAUGUCGAUUUGGCAGUUAAAUUGAAAGCACAAGAAGAUUUCACUGAAGCAGGAAAGUACCUAAAAGGAUGUGUUAUCACUGGAAUUUAUUCUGAAGAAGAUGUUUUGAUACUGUCAAAUAAAUAUACUACAACUCUUCCAGCCCUGCUGCUUGCCAGACACAAAGAAAGCCAAGUAGAGAGCAUUCCAUUGGCCAACACCCAUGUGCAAGAAAUAGUUCAAAUAAUAACAAAUGCAUUACUGGAAACAUUUCCGGAAAUCACUGUGGAAAAUCUUCCCACUUAUUUAGGGCUUCAAAAACCAUUACUUAUUUUAUUCAGUGAUGGCAUCAUAAACCCUCAGUAUCAAAAGGCAAUGUUGACACUGGUAAAAGAGAAACACCUGGAUUCAGUUAUCCCUUGCUGGUUAAAUCUAAAGAACACUCCUGUGGGGAGAGGAAUUUUGCAGGUGUAUUUUGAAGUUCUACCUCCCCUUCCUCUUCUUGUUGUGGUGAAUCUGCAUUCAGGUGGCCAAGUAUUUGCAUUUCCUUCAGACCAGGCUAUAACUGAGCAAAAUCUUUUGUUGUGGCUUAAGAAAUUAGAAGACGGCCUAGAAAGUCAUAUCACAAUUUUAUCUGCUCAGGAAUGGAAACCUCCUCUUCCUGCUUAUGAUUUUCUACGUAUGAUGGAUGCUGCAGCAUCUCAACAUCCCACUAGGAAAGGUCCUGAGUAUAUGAAAGAAACUGACAUUCAGGAAAAUGAUAAACAACCUGAAGAUAAAUCAGCAGUAAGAAAAGAACGGAUUGAAUUAUAGGGAAUAAAGCACUGGAAUAGAAGUAAUGUGUUUAAAGCAGAAAAAUCAGUUAGGCAUGAUAAGAGUUAUGAUGUUCAAAAAUGAGCUGAUUCAAUAGGGCUGUGGAAAGCUUUCCAAGAUCUAUUGGGCUUAUUUAAUAGACUUAAGAA